UUGACAUAAAAUAUCUAAAAAAAGUGCCUCUUUUUCUUCUCCAAGGUUUAACAAAAACCAGCCUCUUUUGAUUUCUCCAAAUCUAGGGUUCCAAAAAUGAAUCACCUUCUAAGGAAAUCAUGUACAUCAAUAGCUUCAUCUUCGAUUGCAUCAAAGCAGACACUCACUGCUUUGAUGCUUUCAAUUGAAUCGUUUCAUACAGUUCCAUCUCCAUCACAAUCCAGUAUUAGUACUGGCGAAAGGAGAGAUUUCUGUAAGGUUUCUGAGAGAUAUGGACGAAAUGGGUUUCUUGGGGUUCGUCAAUUUCAUUUUUCAACUAAUCCAUUAGAAAUUAGGGCAUCGUCUUUUUUAGGUAAAGCUGAGUUUGCUAGUUUUAGUGAUGAUUCAUCUGAUGAAGACAAGGUCUCUGUGGGUAUUGGUGGUAAGAAAGAUGAAGGUCUUGAGAUUUCUAAGCUUGGGAUUGAAGAGGAGAUUACUACAGCUUUGGCUAAGAGAGGAAUCACCAAACUUUUCCCUAUUCAGAGAGCCGUACUGGAGCCGGCCAUGGCGGGGCGCGAUAUGAUAGGUAGAGCAAGAACUGGUACAGGGAAGACACUUGCAUUUGGGAUUCCAAUUAUGGAUAAAAUCUUAAAGUUCAAUGCCAAACAUGGGAAAGGAAGAAAUCCAUUGGCUUUGGUUUUGGCUCCAACUAGAGAACUUGCAAGACAAGUUGAGAAGGAAUUCCAUGAAUCUGCAAAGGACCUGGAUACAUUAUGUGUUUAUGGUGGUGUGCCCGUACAACAGCAGACGCGUACGCUUAAUUAUGGAGUUGAUGUCGUUGUUGGUACUCCUGGUCGUAUCAUUGACCUCUGUAACAGAGGUUCAUUAAACUUGUCCGAAGUUCAGUUUAUUGUUCUUGAUGAGGCUGAUCAGAUGCUUGCUGUGGGCUUCGACGAAGAUGUUGAAACGAUAUUACAGAAGCUACCUAAGAAGCGUCAGAGUAUGAUGUUCUCAGCUACAAUGCCACCAUGGAUAAGAAAGCUGACCCAGAAGUACCUUAAAGAUCCAUUAACUGUUGAUCUUGUGGGAGAUUCAGAUCAGAAACUGGCUGAGGGUAUUUCGCUAUACUCAAUUGCAGCAGACACGUACGGAAAGGCAUCAAUUAUUGCACCUCUAAUAACAGAACAUGCAAAAGGUGGAAAGACUAUUGUCUUCACCCAAACAAAACGUGAUGCUGAUCGACUAGCUUACUCUAUGGGACGAACCUUAAAGUGUGAGGCAUUGCAUGGAGAUAUCUCACAAAAUCAGAGGGAAAGGACCCUUGCGGGUUUUCGAGAUGGGUCAUUCAAUGUCUUAGUUGCUACUGAUGUUGCUGCUCGUGGACUUGAUGUUCCUAACGUCGAUCUUGUUAUACAUUACGAGCUUCCUAGCACUUCGGAGAUCUUUGUUCAUAGGUCUGGCAGAACAGGACGUGCUGGAAAGAAAGGUAGUGCAAUUCUAAUCCACUCAGAUCAGCAGACCAGAGCUGUGAGGGGUAUUGAGAGAGAUGUGGGAGGCAAGUUUAAAGAGCUCCCUAAAAUUGCUGCUACUGGCGGAAGUGACGACAUGUUUGGAGGCAUGGGUGGUGCUCGAUUUGGAUCACGAGGAGGUGGCUUUGGAUCAGGAGGUGGUGGAUCACGAGGAGGUGGUUUUGGGUCAGGAGGUGAUUAUGGUGGUAGAUCAUCUGGUCGUUCAGGCGGAGACAGAUACGACGAUUCUAGUUCUGGACGUUUUGGUUCUUUUGGGGGAUCCGGUUCAGGUAGAUCAUCUGGAGGCAGUUAUGGCGGCAGUGGUCGAGGUGGCUCUGGUGGUGGAGGUCGUUCAUCAGGUGGUUUUGGUGGUGGUGGUCGUUCAUCAGGUGGUUUUGGUCGAUCUGAUGAUUAUUGAUUCCUUUUUGACUUAUCUAAAGAAUGGUAGUGGAGUGGGUGAUGCGGCGCAUUAUAUUGAUUGGUGGAGCAAGAGAGGUUCAGAGAAGACUGGUAGUUGGAACACUUAAGGAAGUAUGAAGUUGAUCUUUUUGAAGUAUUCUGUAUAUAGAUUAGAAGCAUGGCGAACACGAUAAAUUCCGAGGUAAAAAAUACACAUUUAUUGCAAUCGAAGACCUGGUGUAGUGCUGCGCUGUCAGAAAAUUUUAAUCAAAGAAGCCAUGCUGUGUCGAAAUUACCUGUGUCAACUUGAUUCCUUUAUUUGUUCCGAAUGUUAAUUAUCAUUUACAUUAUUUAUGACUACUAUUUGUUGCUAAAUAGAACAGUUUUGUUACACUUAAUCAAACCAUAAUAUUAAAUUAGAGAAGUGCCUGUAAAAUUAUGUUGUUCUGACA